UGUUGUGAAUAUUUUUCGGUCGUAAGUCGUAACUCAAUUUGCUUCUAUUUCAUAGUUUAAGAAAAGUAAUGUUCUUAGUUUCAACUUAGUUUGAGAUUCCUUCAAUAGUUUACAAUGAGUUCUUCCGCACUGAGAAUGGAUUCUAAUAUAACAGGUCUUUGGGUUAAUUUCUUCACGGCUGCUGGCAUACCGUCAGAGGUGGCUGCUACAUAUGCGCUUACAUUUACAGAAAACAGGAUACAAAACGAUAUGUUACUGGAUUUAAAUAAAGAAUAUCUGAGGGAUAUGGGAAUAACGCGGAUGGGUGACAUUAUUGCCAUUCUACGUCAUGCCAAGCAAGUCCAUGAAAACACAGCAAGGGAUAAAGUGUUGAGUACAACGGCCACAGCAAAAGUUCCUGUUGCUGCAGUCACUGGGCGCUCCACAGUCACACAGCCAUCUUCACCUGCUACACGUAUUUUGGAGCACUACACUAGAAACCAGGAUACCUCUCCAGUCCGCACUAACCAGCUGAAGAGGAAGUCAAAUGAGAUGGCUACUGAGGAUCCUAGUAUCAAGCAAGCAAGGUUGAUUCGUUUUGGCACCCCGCCUCGGUCUGCUAUAAAGGUUCCCAGCACAAGCUCUAAGCCCGUUGUUAAAGAAGCUCCACAAAGCAAGACGGUGUUUGCUCGCCUCGGUAGCUCGGAGGCACUAAAGCCGGCUGCACAGAAGCCAGCAAAGCAAAUAUACAACAGACUCGGAACAAAAGACGGCCUUUCUAGUGGUGAGUCAUCCAUACCAAUGCAGAAAGAUGCUCUCAAAUACGAAGGCAUCUUGAAAAGCUCUCCACCGGUUACAAAGAAGGUAUUCACAGUCACUACGUCAAAUAACGUAAGAAAGAUAGCAGUAGGUUGCACCAUGAGAGCCGACGAAUCACCAGUCAGUGUGAAAGAUAAGUUAGCUGUUAAAUCUAAGUCCGUUAAGUUCAAUAAUCGUGUGGAGUACAAAGAGAUCGAAGCCGUUCAGAAGAUGCCAGCUGUUAAACCGAAGUUCACACCGGUAUUCAAUAAACCGGAAAGGAGAUUGUCCAUGCAGCAUGCAGACAACAGUAUCACCGGUGCGGGGGUGAAGGCCAGAUUGGGCAACAAAGGUCUCCCGCAACGUCAGUUUAACACGGACGGAAGUCAACCGCAGCGUCAGUUCAACGUUGAAAGAGCCAUAUUCACGAGGCUAGGUGUUUGAUGAUUUCGUUAUUUUAUUGAGUGAAUCUCUGGUGCAAAAUUUGCAGGUACUACUAAGAUAUUAACUGUAUUGCUGUCAGUAAGUUCAAUAUGAAACUACUGAUUUUAACCUACAUUCAAAAGAUGUGUGUGUGUGUGGGUGAUUAAUGUCUACAGUCUAUAGUCACAUUUAUGUGUGGAUUAAAACCUGGCCUUGGAGAUUGUAUCAAAAGGUCACAAGCCCAAACUUU